AUGCGUUUUUUACCUAAAACUAGAUUAGCAUAUGAAGUAUUAUCUAAAGAAUCUGUAAAUAUUAUUAUACCUAAUUCAAUAAAUAAAUCACCUUCGUCAUCACUACCAAUUAUUGUUAAUGAUCCAAAAAAUUGGCCAAAAAAAAAGAAACUUCAUGUUUUAUUAAUUAUUGCAUUUGCAAGUAUAUUAAUUGGCAUGGGUGGAUCAAUAUUGUAUCCUGCCUUAAUAAGCAUCCAAAAUGAUUUAGAAACCACUGAAUUUCUUACAAAUUUUCUAAUUGCAAUAUAUCUUAUGUUCUUUGGAAUUGGGCAACUUGGAUGGGCAUCAUAUUCAGAUAUAUUUAAGACUAGGCGUAAGAUGUUUUUGGGUUCUUUUUUAGUAUAUUUAAUUGCAAGCAUAAUCUCUGCUGUUUCCAAUAGCAUUUGGUUAUUAUGUUUAAUGCGAGUAUUUCAAGCUUUGGGUACUUCAGCUGAUCAAUGUGUUGGAGCUGGCAUCAUCAGUGAUAUUUUUAUUCCAACUGGUUAUAUAGUUGGGCAAAUAACUGGUCCAGUGGUGGGAGGUUUUGUGACUGAAUAUCUUGGUUGGCAUUGGAUAUUUUGGUUUACUUCAAUAUUUAUUACUCUGACAGCUGUAUCUUAUGUACAAGAUAUCAUGUUAUCAAGAAAUUUUGUUGAAAAAUAUGAACAUAUAAAUUCAUUUGAUAUUGGCUUAAUAUACCUGUCACCAACAAUUGGUUACUUGUUAGGAAGUCUAUUUAGUGGUAGAUAUUCUGAUUUUAUAUUACGUGCAUUUAUUAUACCUAUUGCUUACAUUUCUUAUGGUUGGCUUUUAAAUUACAAUGCCCAUAUCUCAUUACCUAUUAUUAGUCUGUUUAUUGGAGGAUUUACAACUUUGAUGGCACAAAAUCCAACAUCCACAUAUUUAGUAGAUGUAAAUCCAAAAUAUAGUUCAUCAGCUAUAGCAACGUGUAGUUGUUUAAGAUAUGUUUAUGCUGGAAUAAUGGUAGCAUUAUCUGUAAAAAUAGAUGAAACGAUUGAAAUGGAGAAACGAGAUGAAGGUUGGCGAAAAAGAUGUGAAUUAUAG